AUGACCCCGGUGACACCUGGAAAAGGCCGUGCCGUGAAGCGCCGCUGGCCUACUGACGACAAUCCGACGGAUUCGGAAGAGGAAGAACAUCGUCAAACAAGACCCGUUUGCAAGCAGUGCGGCAAGGCGAGCUGCAGAAAUGAUCCUAGUCACCUCGCUGAGCACUCGAUGGCGCACCUCUCCUUCCGACCAUGGAAGUGUUCUGUUUGCGCCUGUACUAUGACUCUGGAAGGCAACCUGCAACUGCAUCUGAACGAGCAACAUCAAGGAAACGGCCGAGUCAUCGAUAAUCGCACUGUCGAAUACUACGAUGCGCUCGAGGCUAAGGCGCAGGCCAACUUUCCGAGUCACUCAAGUGCCAUCGCUAAAUACAUUGGAGGACAAAAAGAGGCAUUGGGAUUUCAAGAUGCAUCUGAUAAUGAAGAUGACAAUCCGCCCUACGGUCGAAAAAUCCUCGUCUGCGGGGAGUGCAGUAAAUCUAUCUACUGCUAUGUAGCUUUCGAGCUCGCUCAGCACUCGUCGAAACACCUCACCUUCCGACCGUGGAAGUUUUGCGCAUGUACUAUGUCUGAGAAAGGCAAUCUGCAAAAGCAUCUGAACAAGCACCAUCAAGGAAAAGGCUGGGUCAUCGAUAAUCGCACUGCUGAGUACUACGAUGCUCUCAAAGCGAAGACGCAAGCCAACUUUCCUAGCCGCGCAAAGUCUCUCGCAAAGUACAUUGGAGGCAAAAAGUACGGAUUGGGAAUUCAGCGCGUAUCUGUUGACGAAGAUGACACUCAAGACGUUAGGCGAAACGCGCAGAAAAGUCCGGAAGCUGCAUCGUCAGAUGCUGGUAGGGUGAAGCAAGAAGUGGUGCCAGACGCUAUUCCACCACGAUCCAAAGAGAAAUCGACUCAUCGAACGAUGGCCGAUACUCAACGCGAAGUUAAGCAAGAGCCACUGGAUGUCGAAAAUUCUUCAUUUGAUUUUCAUAUCGUAAUCGAGGGAAGUGAGGCGGAUGCUCAUGCUGAUGCUCAUGCUCCAACCAGCCACCACAACGAGCAAAAUGUCCGGAAUGGUACUUCAAGUAUUUAU